GCGGGCGCGUCUGGCGUUUGUUUGUUGAUGUCAGUGCACAUUCUGAGGCCGGGCCCGCAACAUGGCGAGACCACGACACCUUUCGCGAUUGCUCACCGCGGUCACUUUCGCGUAUUUGUGCUCAGUGGCGCUGGGAAAAGAAGUUAAUAAACGAAGUUUGGACAGUGAUGUAAAAUGUCAAGAAAGCGGGAGGUUUUAUAGAAACCCCAACCGGCCGCGUGACAAGCAGUGGUCGACAGCCGAAUGCGCCAAGUACUACCUCUGCCUCGAGGGAGAGAUCUUCGAGUUCCGCUGCUCGCAGGGUCUCAUGUUCGACGUCAACCGGCAACUGUGCGACAUGCAGCAGAAUGUGCACAAUUGUGACGUCACUACUGAGAUCCUCAUACCACGCCCGGCGCUGGACAAAGCAGCUUGUGCCAACGCGACGCACCUCGGCUGCGCGGACGGCUCGUGCCAGCCCGCCGAGUACUUCUGCGACGGCUCGCACGACUGCCCAGACUCUUCCGAUGAAAGCUGGUGCGAGGAGCACGACGACCCCAACGCGGCGGCGCCGUGCCGCGCGGACGGGUGCCAGCCGCCAGACUGCUUCUGUUCUCCCAGUGGGGACGUCAUACCGGGGAACCUCGCUCCUAACCAGACUCCUCAGAUGAUCACGCUCACAUUCGACGGACCGGUCAACCACGAGAAUUGGGAGCUCUACACCAAACACAUAUUUGCCACAGAGAAUCAGAAUCCUAAUGGCUGCGAAAUAAAGGCAACUUUCUUCGUCCCUCACUCGUAUACAAAUUACAGACAUGUCCAGAAGCUCUGGAAUGAUGGACAUGAGAUAGCUAUUAAUUCUAUUACUCACCGGGGUCCUGAAGAAUGGUGGACGAAGAACGCAACCAUCGAGGAGUGGUUCGACGAGAUGGUCGGCCAGGCCAACAUCAUCAACAGAUUCGCCAACGUCCGCAUGGAAGACUUCAGAGGCAUGAGAGUGCCGUACCUGUCCGUAGGCUGGAACCGUCAGUUCCUGAUGAUGCAGGAGUUUGGCUUCGUGUACGACGCGAGCAUCGUGGCUCCCGUCAACGAGACCCCCUACUGGCCGUACACGCUCGACUAUAAGAUACCACACAAGUGCACUGGCAACAACCAGCUCUGCCCUACUAGAAGCUACGCCGGUCUGUGGGAGAUGGUGAUCAACCCACUGACGACAGGGGAACACACGUGCGCCACUCUAGACUACUGCCCAUCAACAUUGAGUGCUGAUGACACCUACAAUUUGCUUAUGGAGAACUUCAAAAGGCAUUAUCUAACGAACCGGGCGCCGUUCGGAAUCCAUCUAAAUUCCAAGUGGCUGAAGAGUCAAAAUUACUUGGCCGCUUUUAAGAGAUUCCUGACAGACAUGCUGAGGCUUCCUGAUGUAUACUUUGUCACCUACAACCAGGUGAUAGAGUGGAUGAAGAGACCAACAACAGUUCAUCAGAUAAAGAAAUUCCAGCCCUGGCAGUGCAAACCCAGAUACUUGGAAGACCUAGAAGUAGCCUGCGCAAAACCUAACACUUGCAAACUGUCGUCAAGAGUGCUAGAGCUAGAUAAAUACAUGAUCACAUGCAAUGAGUGCCCGAGGAGCUAUCCAUGGUUACGCAAUGAGUUUGGAUUUGACUGAAUAUAGUUUUUAAAUAAGUACAUGAAGUUACCAGAACUGUUUUAAAUAGUUUUAAGACUCAGUUGAAGAGGACUGAUUAGUAUUAUUAAAGACUAUUUUUGUUAUUUAUUAAA